UUGGAUAUUGCCCUCAGUUUGAUGCUCUCUUGAAUUCUUAACUGUCAGAGAGCAUCUUGAGCUUUAUGCGAAGAAUAAAAGGAGUUGUAUUACAGGGUGGAUAAUGUUGUGAUGGAAAAGUUGGUGGAAUUCGACUUGUUGAAGCAUGCCGAUAAACCAUCAUUUACGCUUAGUGGGGGAAACAAGCGAAAAUUAUCUGUUGCAAUUGCAAUGAUCGGGGAUCCUCCAAUAGUAAUUCUUGAUGAGCCAUCUACAGGUAUGGAUCCUAUUGCCAAACGGUUCAUGUGGGAAGUGAUAUCCUGCUUGUCUACUAGACAAGGGAAGACAGCAAUGAUUCUUACCACCCACAGCAUGAAUGAAGCUCAGGCACUGUGCACCAGAAUUGGAAUAAUGGUUGGAGGCAGAUUAAGAUGCAUUGGAAGUCCCCAGCAUCUGAAAACACGAUUUGGGAAUCACCUUGAGCUAGAGGUUAAACCCACUGAGGUUAGCUCCAUGGCCUUGGAAAACCUUUGCCAAAUUAUUCAAGAGAGGCUUCUCAAUGUUCCUUCACAUCCAAGAAGCUUACUUGAUGACCUUGAAAUUUGCAUCGGGGCUGUUGACUCCAUCACAUCAGAAAAUGCAUCAAUGGCAGAGAUCAGCCUGUCACAAGAAAUGAUAUUAUUGAUUGGACGUUGGCUUGGCAAUGAAGCAAGAGCAAUGACACUUUUACCUUCAACACCUGUUUCUGAUUGGGUUUUUGGUGAACAGUUAACAGAGCAGUUGGUUCGAGAUGGUGGGAUACCAUUGCCAAUAUUUUCUGAGUGGUGGUUAGUUAAAGAAAAGUUUUCGACUAUCGAUUCAUUUGUGCUGUCUUCAUUUCCUGGUGCUACAAUUCAAGGUUGCAAUGGAUUGAGUGUUAAAUAUCAGGUGUGCCUAAGAAGCUGUUGGCAUUUUGGUUAUCGAACACUUCAAAUGUUGACUUUUAGGUGUGCCUAACAGGCUGUUGGCGUUUGCUGUUCUAUAGGCAUUGAUCUUGCAAUAUUAUAUGCUUUCAAUUCAUGCAUAUGUGGGCUCAGUUUCACCUAUAGUUCCUCAACUAUCACUUGUGCACAUCUGUUCCUCGAUUUUAAUUUGUUACUUAUCACUCAGCAAACAUUAUGUUAAGGAUUAGUUGUAAAUAGAACUCUGUUAGGAGUUAGAUUCCUAAUAGGUUUAUAGUAUCUUGUAUGUGUGU